CACGGCGAACGCCUGAACGAACACCGGUUAAUGAAGCUCUAAGUCAUUCAGUAUAAAAGUUAUGAAGUUUAUUGGAACCAAUAUCAGUUUUUGCUCAGUGUUCUAACAGUAAAGUUAACCAUUAACAGGAGAUCCAAGAUGUUUAAGAUCAUCGUUUUGGUUGCCUGUCUGGCGUUCGUUGCUUCUGCCCAAUUUUACGGAGGAGAUCAUGGCCAUCAUGAAGAUUACCGUACUUACCCCAAGUAUAAGUAUGAAUAUGGUGUAAAGGACUACAAAACCAAGGACCACAAGAGCCAGUGGGAGAGUCGGGAUGGAGACCAUGUCAAGGGACAGUAUACGCUUGACGAGGCCGAUGGAACUCAUCGCAAUGUGGAGUACACCUCUGACCACAAGGCUGGUUUCCAGCCCCAUGUUCAGCGUAAGGGACACGCCCACCACCCGCACGGAGAGAGCUAUGCCAAUAUCGAACAGCACUAUUGA